AUGACAGAAAGGAGUAGAAUAGAGUACCACGAGCAACAACUGAGCACUUCGAUAGAGGUCGGUGACAGGGUCGAACAAGGACGGGCCUAUUGCAAUCUCGGCAAUGCUUAUCACUCCCUUGGCCAAUUCCAACAAGCAAUAGAGUACCACAAGCAAUACUUGAGCAUUGCAAUAGAAGUCGGCGACAGGGCCGGACAAGGAGGUGCCUAUGGCAAUCUCGGCAAUGCUUAUGACAGCCUUGGCCAAUUCCAACAAGCAAUAGAGUACCACAAGCAAGACUUGAGCAUUGCAAUAGAAGUCAGCGACAGGGCCGGACAAGGACGUGCCUAUGGCAAUCUCGGCAAUGCUUAUCAAUCCCUUGGCCAAUUCCAACGAGCAAUAGAGUACCACAAGCAACACUUGAGCAUUGCAAUAGAAGUCGGCGACAGGGCCGGACAAGGAGGUGCCUAUGGCAAUCUCGGCAAUGCUUAUGACAGCCUUGGCCAAUUCCAACAAGCAAUAGAGUACCACAAGCAACACUUGAGCAUUGCAAUAGAAGUCGGCGACAGGGCCGGACAAGGAGGUGCCUAUGGCAAUCUCGGCAAUGCUUAUCAAUCCCUUGGCCAAUUCCAACAAGCAAUAGAGUACCACAAGAAACACUUGAGCAUUGCAAUAGAAGUCGGCGACAGGGCCGGACAAGGACGUGCCUAUGGCAAUCUCGGCAAUGCUUAUAAAUCCCUUGGCCAAUUCCAACAAGCAAUAGAGUACCACAAGCAACACUUGAGCAUUGCAAUAGAAGUCGGCGACAGGGCCGGACAAGGACGUGCCUAUGGCAAUCUCGGCAAUGCUUAUCAAUCCCUUGGCCAAUUCCAACAAGCAAUAGAGUACCACAAGCAACGCUUGAGCAUUGCAAUAGAAGUCGGCGACAGGGCCGGACAAGGAUGUGCCUAUGGCAAUCUCGGCAAUGCUUAUGACAGCCUUGGCCAAUUCCAACAAGCAAUAGAGUACCACAAGCAAGACUUGAGCAUUGCAAUAGAAGUCGGCGACAGGGCCGGACAAGGAGGUGCCUAUGGCAAUCUCGGCAAUGCUUAUCAAUCCCUUGGCCAAUUCCAACAAGCAAUAGAGUACCACAAGCAACGCUUGAGCAUUGCAAUAGAAGUCGGCGACAGGGCCGGACAAGGACGUGCCUAUGGCAAUCUCGGUGGUGCUUAUUUAUACCUCGAGGAAUUCGAGCAAUCAAUGAAGCACCACAAGCAAUGCCUUAGCAUUGCAAUAGAAGUCGGCGGCAGGAAUGAAGAAGGAUGGGCCUAUGGCAGUCUCGGCUCAGUUUAUGAAUCCCUCGGCGACCUUCCAAGAGCAAUAGAGCAUUAUGAACAAAGUCUAAGCAUUGCUAAGGAAGUGGGCAACAGGUCCAGAGAGGGAUAUGCCUAUGCCUAUCUCGGCCAUGCUUAUAUGUCCCUUAAACAAUUCCAACAGGCAAUCGAGUACCACAAGCAACAGCUCAAAAUUGCUAAGGAAGUGGCUGACAUGUUCCUAGAAGCACUGUCCUAUGCAUACUUGGGUGAAACUCUUAUGUUGUCAGGUUCUUUGGAUGAGGCUGUAGUUCAUUUCAAAUUCAGCGUAAAAACGUUCGAUACUAUUAGGGGUAGUUUCAUUUCGGAAGAUGCAUGGAAAAUAAGUUUUCGUGAGCGUUACGCAUCUAGCUAUCGUUGUUUAUGUCGCGUACUUAUAGCGCUUCAAAAGACGGGUGAGGCUUUGUACGCGGCCGAACGGGGACGAGCAGGGGCUUUGCUAGAUGCCUUGAAAAUAAAGUAUGGCUUUACAUUCCUUUCGCCCAUUUCAAAUGAAACUGAGGAAGAUUUCGCAUACAUUUCAAGGAACACAUCUGUUUUGACAACGUUCAUUGCAUUGGACAAUGGGACAAUAAGCUUGUGGGUACUGGGAAAGAAAACCAACGCUAUUUUUAGGCAAGCAGUAUCAAAAAGUAAAGGUUCACACAAAGAUCCCUUUGAUGCACUUUUGAAAGAUUCUUUGAAAAAAAUUGGGGCUGGCAGAGAUGUUAGAUGCGAGAAUCGGUCACUUGAUGUUUUAAGCGAUAAGUCAGCUUCCAGUACUUGGGGUGAUGAUAAAACAUCGAUUCCAUCACACGAGAAUAUCGACUGGUUACAGCCAUUGCAUGAUGUAGUUUUUGGUCCCAUUGAAGACUUACUUGAUGGCGAUGAACUGGUUGUAGUCCCUGAUGGUGCUUUGUGUUUAGCUCCUUGGACAGCCCUAAGUGAAACUUUAAGGAUCCGUAUUAUUCCCUCACUGACAAGUCUGAAAGUAAUAAGAGAUUCUUCAAGUGAAUACCACAGUAAAACUGGCGCCCUGCUUGUUGGAGAUCCAUGUUUGAGGAAAGUUACAAAUAAAAGGGAUAAACCCAUUUAUGAUCAGCUGGAGUUCGCAAAAACAGAAGUGGAGAUGAUUGGAAAACUUCUUGACAGCCAACCACUCACGGGAGAAGCUGCAACCAAAGAAGAGGUGCUUCGGAGAAUAGAUUCAGUCGCUUUGAUUCACAUUGCAGCACACGGAGGACAGGAAACUGGUGAAAUUGCAUUGGCUCCCAACCCCGAGUGGCAAUCCAAGACUCGUAUCCCUACAGAAGAGGACUACAUGUUGAAAAUGUCUGAUUUACAAGCCAUUAAGCUGAGAGCGAGGCUAGUGGUUCUUAGUUGCUGCCAUAGUGGUCAAGGAGAGGUCUCGUCUGAGGGUGUGGUCGGUAUGGCAAGGGCUUUCUUGUUUGCUGGUGCUCGUUCUGUGCUGGCGUCACUCUGGGCAAUUGAUGAUAAAGCCACAAUGGUGUUUAUGGAAUGUUUCUACCAACACCUGAGAGUUGGAGAAAGUGCCAGUACUGCUCUGCAGAAGGCCAUGAAGCGCCUUCGAGAUUCGGACGACUUUUCUGCCCCAAAGUACUGGGCUCCAUUUGUGCUGAUUGGCGAUGACGUCACCAUGGAAUUUGAUGUAAACCGUUGAGAAAGCUGUAAGUACAGACUUUUCUUUUGUUUUAGAUUACGUAGGGUCCUAAUAUAUUAAAUAAGGUUUAAGGCUUUAUUGUCUUCAAAUUAAAAUGUAAAGGAAUUGACAAAAUUAAAUACAAAUAAGCAGUAAAAGCAAGACAGUGUGAAUAAUAUUGACAAAAUAAAUAAUAUGAUUGUUCGUUGAUGUACAAUCAUUCUGGAUUUACGUAAUCAGAUUUCAUUUCUGUAAUACAAAAUUGUUUAAAAACGUUUGUUGAACACUAUAGAAAAGCUCAAUAAUCAUAUAAUUAACUGCAAAAUCAUCAGUAUUUACUGUAAAUGGCUGUUGCCGUGACAUACUGGCUUUGGAUUAUGCUUUGAGAAUUCUUAGUUUUUGCCUCAACAUUUUAUUUUGAACUACCAUUAAGUCAUCAUUUUAUCCGAUUCAAAAGAGAAAUGUGAUAUUUGCCAAAAAGAGUUAAAACCUUUAUUUUAUGAUUUGUUAUGAGCAGAAAAGCAGGUUAAAUAGACAGAAAUUAAAAUAGACCAAAAAAUGUUUCUAAAAACCCAUAUUUGUGUCUACACCAUAUAGCUAGAUAAUACAAGUAGCUCUAACAUACUCUCUUGUUGUAAAGUAAUGAAACGUUUUGAGCUCCUGCCCAACUUUGAUUUUACAUUCGUCUCAUCCUUGCUAUCCUGUAAUCUAAGGCUUUUUUUUCUUAAAACCUCUAUAGAACGAGUAGUAUUGAGGCCGUUAUUUCGCUGUUCAAGCGUAUUAAUUAAUCAAUUGUUACUUUAUUUACAGGGGCCGUGCCGAUUGCAGGGAGAUGUCAAAGAAAGAGUACUGCUGAAUCCAAGGAACAUUAUAAUAUCAAAGUCUAUUUUACCUGAGG